AUGAAUUGCGUUCCGUUGCCUACUCCUUGUGGAGACAUUAAUGAGGUCGAUGGGUGUUCUGCGGCUGAACUGUUCUCGGAUUCUGUUGGACGGACUUAUAAUGACAUCAUUUUACUGCCUGGCUUUGUCAACAUGAACUCUGAGGACAUCGACUUGGCUAGUCGUCUAACCAAAGAGAUCACACUGAGGGUACCUUUUGUGUCCUCUCCGAUGGAUACAGUUACGGAAUCGAAAAUGGCCAUUGCCAUGGCUUUACGUGGUGGAAUUGGAAUCGUUCACAGCAACUGUCCAAUAAGUUUCCAGGCCAAGGAGGUCCGCAAAGUAAAGAGAUACCGACAGGGAUUCAUUUUAUCUCCGGUCGUGAUUUCCCCUGAUUGCACUGUGAACGAACUGAUACAGAACAAAACUAAGCAUGGAUUUAGUGGCUUCCCGGUUACUGAUACCGGUUCUGUCGGUGGUCGCUUGUUGGGCCUCGUAACUCUGCGUGACGUGGAUUUUGUCGAUCCUUCUUUAAUGGAUACACCAGUAACACAGUUUAUGACGCCCUUCGACGAACUGACGACGGCAAACGCAGGAGUGACGCUUCCAGAGGCGAACAACAUAUUACAGAAAAGCAAGCGAGGGAAGCUACCGAUAAUUAAUGAGCGGCGCGAGUUAGUGGCAUUGAUAUGUCGGACGGAUUUGAAGAAGGCGUCAGCCUAUCCACAUGCUUCGAAAGAUACCGCACAACAACUACUUGUCGGGGCUGCAGUUUCCACUCACAAGGGCGAUAUGGAACGAGUUAAAGCCCUCACGGAUGUUGAUGUGGAUGUGCUUGUGUUGGAUUCAUCCCAGGGGAACAGUAUCUACCAACUCGAUAUGAUCAAGCAGGUGAAAUCGGCAUACCCGAACCUGCAGAUCGUCGGUGGGAACGUGGUCACAUGCGCUCAGGCCAAGAAUCUCAUCGAUGCUGGUGUGGACGCACUCAGAAUCGGCAUGGGCAGUGGAUCUAUUUGUAUUACACAAGAAGUAACAGCGGUUGGACGUUCUCAGGCAAAGGCUGUCUACAAGGUAUCAGAAUAUGCACAUCGAUACGACGUCCCUUGCAUAGCAGACGGUGGUAUACAGAAUGUUGGACAUAUCGUGAAAGCACUUAGUCUGGGUGCUGCAUCCGUCAUGAUGGGCGGUCUUCUGGCAGGAACAACCGAAGCGCCUGGUGACUACUUCUUCUCUGAUGGUGUGCGGCUGAAGAAGUAUCGAGGCAUGGGAAGUUUGGAGGCUAUGGAUGAGCACACGUCAAGCCAAGCUCGGUACUACAACGAAUCCCAGCGAAUCAAAGUAGCUCAGGGUGUGUCCGGGAACAUAAUGGAUCGCGGGUCUGUGCACCAGUUACUGCCAUAUUUGGUCGCUGGAGUGCAACACGGAAUGCAACAGGUUGGAGCCGCUAAUCUGGAACAUCUGGUCAAAAUGUCUUACACGGGCGUACUCCGAUUUGAACACAGAAGCCCUUCUGCCCAAAUCGAGGGCGGUGUUCACAGUCUGCACUCAUAUGAAAAACGGUUGUACUAAAAACAAGUCGUCAGCUCCGACCUAUGAGAUCACGCUAUCUGGAAAGCAAUUUUCAUAUUCUCUGUUUUAUUCCCAGUUCAUUGACUCUUUUGCUACUACUGCACGCAAUGCAGUCGUUGGUGCAUUUGUAUCGAAAUCUGGUCGUAUGAUUGAUACCAAUAAACUUGUCUCCGUAU